UUUCCAAACGUUUAUAUGCAGAACCAUCGGACAUCCAAGUCUUUCCUCCGUCAAUCCAACAUCAUGUCACUCUUAAGAAGAGCGACCACUGUUUCAUGCCCACUGCGCUUGCGCGCUUCCAGGUCUACCAGGAAACAAACGCGAAGUAGGAAUACAAGCGGUAAUGCGAUUCGCGGACUGUCAGAAGUAGUAGAAGAGGAGCCCAGCGUUUGCGUGGUGGUUCUAGACACGGCCCCAUCCAUGGCGUGCUGCCAGCAGAGCCCCGGGCUGUGUCGCCACUUGUCGACCUACACUCUGGCUCUGGGCCUCGGCUUCGUCACCCUGGGCACCUCCCGCGUCGUACUGCUCAAGAUGUCCGCCAACGCACACAACAAGUACGACUUCCUGCCCGCGUCUGUGAACCUGCUGGCUGAGGGUCUCAAGCUCGUCUUCUGUCUGGCCAUGUCGCUCAGGGUCAUGGUGCGCGAGGGCCGUUCCUGUCGAGAGCUGCGCUGCUCCUCGGUCCUGUCCUUCCUGACUUUCAUGAAGUGGUCGGUCCCAGCCUUCCUUUACUUCCUGGAUAACCUCAUCAUCUUCUACGUCAUGACCUACCUACAGCCCGCCAUGGCCGUAUUGUUCUCCAACUUUGUCAUCCUGACCACAGCCAUCCUGUUCAGACUUGUGCUGAAGAGACGCCUGUCCUGGGUUCAGUGGGCUUCCCUGCUUAUCCUCUUCCUGUCCAUUGUCUCCUUGACCCAGGGGUCAGGAGGUAGCCACAAGGCCAUUGCGAUGCCAGGUCUCCGCCCCCGGCCCUUCUCCCGGCCCAGCAACAGCUGUCUGCUCUACACACAACUGAAGGAGCAGCAAAGGAUCGACAGUAACUCCUCCACGUGGGGCUCGGGGCUCCCCGGCCAGGCGGAGGAGUGGCGGGGGAAGAUGAUGGGGAGCACCCACUCCCUGGGCGUGGGCCACAUUCUCCUGGUGCUCCAGUGUUUCAUCUCCUCCAUGGCCAACAUUUACAACGAGAAGAUCAUAAAGGAGGGCGAUCAGCUCCAAGAGAGCGUCUUCAUCCAGAACAGCAGGCUGUACUUGUUUGGCAUAUUGUUUAACGGGCUGCUGCUGGGCGUCGGAAGCGAGACCCGGGGCGUAGUGGUCCACUGUGGUGUCCUCUAUGGUCACAAUGUGUACUCGCUGGCACUGGUGGUUGUCACUGCUGCCCUGGGCCUGUCGGUGGCGUUCAUCCUGAAGUUCAGAGACAACAUGUUCCAUGUGCUGACGGGGCAGAUUACCACGGUCCUGGUCACCACUCUGUCCCUCUUCCUCUUCCAAUUCCGCCCCUCGCUGGACUUCUUCCUGCAGGUGCCCGUGGUUCUGCUCGCCAUCUUCGUGUACAACGCCAGCCGGCCCGUGGACCCGGAGUACGUCAUGCAGCGAGCCAAGCUGCGUGUCAUCAACGGAGAAGUUCUGCAUAGGUCGAGAGGGGAUGGGGAGGAGCUUGAGAGGCUGACCAAGACCAGUACAGACAGCGAAUCAGAGGUGUCUAUCUAGCUACCCAGUUUCACAUCACCAUGUCUCAACCGUGUCACAUCAUCCCAAUGUCUGGCAUCAAAUCUUGGUCUGUGACAUCAGAAUGGAAAUUUUUCUGUGUUAUGACACCAGGCCAGCAUGGCCUAGAAUGUCUUCGGAAGGCCGGGUUCUGUGAUAUCACAAUGAACAUGGAGUUCUGCUGGGCCUACUCAUGGAUAUAAAGCAGGAGAUUGGAAUCUGAUGCCAUCUUACCUGGGACCAGUUCUGGAAUUAAAGCUACUCAGCAUCACCAUGUCAUGGUCACAUUUUAUUGGUGAUGCAGCAAGCGCCUGAUUAGUUUAGUAAUAUUUUAAGAUGUUUAUUUUAAAGCUCUUUAAUUGACGAAAGUUAAGGCUAAUUAAAAAGCAAGACUCCGGUAAUGCGGUCAACACUUUCUAAUCUGAUUGUUAAUAUCGGAAAACUUAUUAAGACAUGUUAAUGGUGUGUCAAAGGCUACACUCCUUAGCAUCCAACUUAAGAAUGAGGCACGUGGCUAUGUGUGUUUUGUGAUCUGAAAGCCCUUUCAAAGUGGAGAAAUGAUCUGCCAUUUGUGCUGUGUCUCUACUGAUGCUGGUUUAGAACCGGUUCCAGGUUAUUUUCUCCAUUGUCAUGUAUAGGGGCUCUAUGACAUAUUGUGUUGAAGUGUCUGUGGGUCUACUGUACUGUGAUGAUGCAAUAACCUGUUGUAUGUCAUUCAGAAACGUGCCUGAAAUGCUCCGCAUGCCGUGUUCUAUAUACGGUAUGUUUUUGUACUUAAAAUAAAGCUGUUCAUGUCAUUGACAGAGUGGUGGGGGUCAAUGCCUUGCCUGUCAAUCACUGUA